AUGUCGGAUAAAGUAGAUGAAAAUGUAAAGGAUAAUGAAGAAAAAAAGAAUGAAGAAAAUAAAGAAGAGAAUAAUGAAGUAAAAGAAAACGAAGAAAAUAUUGAUCAAUCACAACUUCCAUUAACACCAGAGGCCACAAAAAAACAAGAAAUAGUCAGUGACAUCAUAGCAAGCAAUCCGAUACAAGUGGUUGACGAACCAGAAGAUGAAGUUAGAGCAUUUACUAAAAAAAAUGUGAUAGAAGAAGUAGAAUUUGGAUGGUUUAAUCUUAAUGCAUAUUUAGAUGCACAACUUCAAUCUGUUCCUGUUACAUUGCGUGUUCUUGGCGAAUGUCUGUCAGUUAUUAUACUCUUUAUGGUGUUUCCAGUAGGUUUAUUAUUUUUAAUUAAGGGUAAGACACGGGGAAUUAAUGUACUAAAAGAUAUUCUAAAUGUAGGUGUACAAAAAGAUCAAAUAAGUAAUUUUGUACAAUUUUAUGUAUUUUUGACAUGUGUAUAUAUUUUGUAUGUUAUUGUCUAUUUUAUUUCUGAUAACAUUUUGUAUAUUUGUCUAUUUAUAUUGGAUUUAUUUAAUAUGUCAGUUACAGAAUUUACUGUACAAAUCUUACAAAUCAUUAGAGCUACUAGUUAUUAUUGGACAAAUUCGCUAAUAUUCUGGUUAAUCUUUCAAGCUCAUAAUUUUUUAUUCCAUAAAUAUCAAUGGGCUGUAGGUAGCACUGAUAAGGCAUUUAUAUUCGUGACAUUUGUAAUUUGGGUUAGUAUUUGGAUGUUUGUUCUUUUUGUAAUUAAGUUCUGUCUCACAUACUGUACAUCUGAAAUUAGAAGAAGAGAUUAUCGAGAUAGAAUUUGGGAUAUUAAUUAUAAAACGUUUGUGUUUAAAAAGUUAGUUACUAUCUCUAAAACUGACAAAGAUGGUAGAAAAAAGGUAGCAGAUUCAAUGGUUAGUGAUUUUGAUCCAGGGUUUUAUUUAAAACAUAACGACAUAAAACUUAGUUCCAGGGAAGAUGCCAUAAAUCUAGUGGAAUCGAUAUUUGCAUAUUUUGAGAUACAAACGCUUUCUUUCGAAGACAUUAAAGAGUACUUUCCUGACAAUCCUGAAGAGGUGUACGAAUAUUUAGCAGACAAAAAAAUUGAAAACGAAAAGGCGGAUCCUAUAAAAUUUGAGCGCAUGCAAGACGCAGCGAUACAUUUGCAACAAGAGAGAUCAGAUAUGUUGAGGACACUACAAGAUAGAGAUAGUAUUUUUAAUAAGUUGGAUUUAAUUCUUACAACAGCAGGUACUUAUGGCUGUUUUCUUAUUCUUCUCUUUUUGUUUGGUAUACCAUAUCAAAUAUAUUUAGCUUCUAUAGGCCCUAUAUUUUUUACAUUCAGUUGGAUUUUUAGUGAUACCAUUAAAGAGAUCUACAACUGCUUUGUAUUUCUACUAGUAAAACAUCCUUAUGAUGUCGGCGAUAGAGUUAUUAUAGACGGCCAGGAGUAUCUUGUUAACAAAACAGAUGUCCUUGCUUCUACAUUUAUAGACUUAAACGGUAAAACUGUGUACAUUCCUACACCUGUUUUGUUUUCAAAAACAAUUUGUAACAUGAGAAGAAGUAAAAAACAGUCAGAAUCACUGACACUUCUUAUAGACAGAUCUACAAAAUUUAAGGAUGCAAUUAAAUUUAGAGAUAAAUUAAAAAAAGCACUUUCAGAAGAAAAGAAAAAUUUUACUGGCGAAGUGAUUAUUAGAAAAUUUGAGAUUGCAGAAGGUAAUUUAUCACUUACUUUAGACAUACAACACACUAGUAACUUUCAACAAGCGAAUGAAAAACUUAGAAGAAGAGAUUUGUGUACAGAAAUUGUAUCAAAAUGUUUAUCAAGUUGUGGAGUUAAGUAUACAAACUCAUUUAAAUAUGUUGAUUAA